CAGAGCGAACAGAUCGGGGCGACAAGUUCCAAAAAGUGUCUGUGUGCUGAUCACACUGCUAAUCAGCCGAUCACGCCUUAUGAUCGGGGAAAAAUGAUAGCGUCUCACCGUUAUUUCGAAAUUCUUGCAUUUCUCCUUUCGACGGUCUAUUAAUUCCUCGUUCCUGCAUUCUUCUCUCCUUUAAUUCACUACGACGUUCGCCGAGCAAAAAGGAAGCAGCUGCGCGUGGUCAUUACCGAAUUCAGACUCCAACAAAGAAAAGCGUUAAAAAAGAAUGCGUCUCCACCGCUCGAUUCUCAAAUCCACCAGCACACGCGCCAUGCCGCGGGACAAAACGCUGCCGAAGCACCUGCGGCUGGGCAAGUGGAAGAUCAUCAAGGGCGACGAGGUAGUGGUGAUUUCGGGCAAAGACCGGGGCCAGCGGGGCAUGGUAACGGAGGUGGCACGCAAGACCAACAGCGUGUACGUGCGCGGGCUCAAGCUGGCAUUCAAGACGGUGCCCAAGACGCAGGAGUCGCCGACAGGCAAGAUCCAGAAGGAGAUGCCGAUCCAUGUGUCGAAUGUGGCGCUGGUGGAUCCGAGCACAAACCAGCCGACCAAGGUGCGGUUGGCGAGCUAUGUUGAUCCGGAGACGGGUGUCAAGGAGAAGCGCAGGUACGCGGUGGGCACUGGCACAUAUAUCCCGAAGAAGGUCGAUCUGUCGUACCAGAAGACGUGGAGAGACGGUGUGCUGGACACCGAUCCAGAUGCGGUCCAGAAGGUCACGUUCAACGCAGUGCCGGGCAUCCCGCCGUUCCCUGAGGACGUGAUGCGCGAGAUCAAGAACCGGUACAAGAAGCUGUUCUAAAAAAUCCCGUGUUGCUUCAAGAAUU